AUGUCCUCCGCGUCGUUCGCUUCGACCUCGUCCCCUCUCUUCUUCUUUUCUAAAGUUCAGCAGCAAAAGAAAAAAGUUUCGACGAGUAAUCGAAUUGUGACGAAAGCAUCUUCCUCUUCCUCUUCGAACGCGAUGAUGGACACGCUCCUCGGGGCGACCAUCGAAGGCGGCGACGAUCUGAUCAAAAAAUCCGUGGAACAGUACUACGGGGAAACGCUGACGACGUCUGCGGAUUUGAAAACGAGCGCGUGUUGCACGCCCGGUGGAUUGCCGACGUAUCUUAAAAAAUGUUUACGUCUGGUGCCGGAUGAAAUCAAGGCGAAAUAUUACGGGUGCGGAUCGCCGACGCCGCAAGGGAUCGAAGGGUUACGGGUUUUAGAUUUAGGCUCCGGUUCGGGGAGAGAUUGUUACGUGGCGGCGAGUUUGGUCGGGGAGAAAGGGUUCGUGACGGGCGUGGAUAUGACUGAUAAUCAGUUAGACGUGGCGAGGAAGUACGUGGACGAGUAUUGCAAGCAAACGCUCGGGUAUAAAGAAAACAACAUGAAGUUUGUGAAAGGAGAAAUCGAGAACGUGAAACAGGCUGGCGUUGAGAACGGAACGAUCGAUUUAGCCAUUUCCAACUGCGUGGUGAAUUUAAGUCCGGAUAAGAAGGCUGUUUUGCAAGGCGUGUACGACGCGUUGGCGGACGGAGGCGAGUUUUAUUUUUCGGACGUGUAUUGCGAUCGACGCUUGGAUCAAGAGUUGAGGAAGGAUCCGGUUUUGUUGGGCGAGUGUUUAGGCGGGGCGAUGUACGUGGAAGACUUUAAACGGUUGUGCGUGUCGGUUGGGUUUACCGAUCCGAGAGUGUUGGAAGGACACGUGAUUGAAGUGAAGGAUGAAAAGUUGCAAGAGUUAUUGGGCGAGGCUACGUUUUAUUCAAUCACGUACAGGUUGUUCAAGUUACCCGCCGGGAGGUUGGAAACGUUGUGCGAGGAUUACGGCCAGUACGCGGUGUACAAAGGAACAAUCGAAGGAAACCCGAACGCGUAUUCGUUGGACGACCACCACAGAUUGGAAACCGGGAAACCGAUGUUGGUGUGCGGGAACACCGGAUCUAUGUUAGGCGAGACGUGGUUGGGGAAACACUUCGACGUGGUUGGCGAUCGAUCGAAGCAUUACGGGUUGUUCGAUUGCGGACCAAGUCCAGUGGCGGCGUCGAGUGGUGGUGCUCCAGCCGGUGGGGCGUGCUGCUAG